CGAUUUAACACUGGCGAACAGGGGCACCUAUAUUGCGCGAGCAGUUCGUCGGUAUGUCGGGUCUUGCACGAAGAUAAGAAGGCUAUCAGGAGGAGUACGAUGUAGCGAUGCGAGGAAGAUGGAGAGGCGCGCGAAAGAUGAGGACCGAGCUGACUACUCAAUCUGCGGAAUACAGUAGAUAUGCAAAAGCAUCCGGUGGACGGAUUCUCCGCCGGUCUUGUUGACGACGAUAAUAUCCUCGAGUGGGGCAUUGUGAUCAUGGCCCCCGCCGACACUCUUUGGGAGGGCGCCACCUUGAAGACUCGACUCAUCUUCCCUCCUGAAUAUCCACUCCUCCCGCCCAAAAUGAUCUUUGACUCGGAAAUGUGGCACCCAAAUGUGUACGAUUCGGGAGAAAAGAAGGGCGAAGAGUUUGUGUCCAUCCUAGUGAGUAUAAGGUUGUCUGAGAAGACUUUGGAGUGGGCGCUGUUGCGGGUGGUGCGACUUGUAGCACGCGUCUGGAGAGGAUGAGUGGGGAUAUGAGCAUGCGUCUGAGAGGUGGCUGGCCGUGCAUACCAUGGAGUCUGUUCUCAUCUCUGUCAUCUCCCUCCUGAGCGUUGACGUUCCCGACUUGAACUCUCCUACCAACGUUGAUGCCGCCAAGGAAGUACGGGAAGAUUAUCCUGCCUAGAAGAAGAGAGUCAAGCGACUGGCGAGGCGAUCCGCCGAAGAGUCUUACGACGACUGAACUCAUCUCACCAUCACUUACAUAUUCUCUUUCUUUGCCUUCUCCCUUUCGCCUUGCGACUUUUCUACCCUCAUCAUCCACCUGUACACCAACAACCACCACGACAACAACCAUCAUCAAAUCAACUGAACUGUAUGUUCACUCAGCGGGAGCGGAAGGAUCAGGGGCGGUGUCACACGUAGUAAUUCCCUGAAGUGGCAUGGCGCUAAGUUGUGUGGAUGGUUGAAGGACGCGCGGUGUACAUACUCAAUUCAUAUCUCGUUGUCUACUCUUUCCUUAUGCGAUAAUACCGAAAAGGUCUUCUCCCCUCCAAAAACACCUUUUCCAGUCCCCUCCCCUGCUGCGUCCCAGCAGGCCGUGACAGGCGGACUACCAUGCUUCGUUCGGAGGAGAGUGAAGG